AAGGCUAUUACAGCUAAUAUUUCUAUGGGUGCUGCUUUCUUACUAAUAUAUGCAUCAUAUGCACUGGCAUUCUGGUAUGGAACUACUUUGAUCUUAACUGAUGAUUACACUAUUGGCAAAGUUCUCACAGUCUUUUUCUCUGUAUUGAUUGGAGCUUUCAGUAUUGGACAGACUGCUCCAAGCAUAGAGGCAUUUGCAAGUGCAAGAGGAGCUGCCUAUACCAUCUUUAACAUAAUAGACAAUGAACCUCAAAUUGACAGCUAUUCAGAGGCAGGUUACAAACCAGACCACAUAAAAGGGAACUUGGAAUUAAUAAAUGUUUACUUCAAUUAUCCAUCCAGACCAGAAGUUGAGAUACUGAAGGGCUUGAAUCUCAAGAUUAAUUCUGGCCAGACAGUGGCCCUGGUUGGUGGCAGUGGCUGUGGGAAAAGCACAACUGUUCAGCUCAUCCAGAGAUUUUAUGAUCCCAAGGAAGGCACGGUUACCAUUGAUGGGCAGGACAUUAAGACCUUAAACGUACGGUAUCUGCGGGACGUUAUUGGCGUGGUGAAUCAGGAGCCCGUGCUCUUUGCCACUACUAUUGCAGAAAAUAUUCGCUAUGGCCGUGAGGAUGUCACCAUGGAGGAGAUUGAAAAAGCCACCAAGGAGGCAAAUGCUUAUGACUUCAUCAUGAAGCUGCCCAAUAAGUUUGAAACUGUCGUUGGAGAAAGAGGGGCACAGCUCAGUGGAGGCCAGAAGCAAAGAAUAGCAAUUGCCAGAGCUUUGGUUCGCAAUCCUAAAAUUCUUCUGCUUGAUGAGGCAACAUCAGCUUUGGAUACUGAGAGUGAAUCAGUUGUGCAGGCAGCACUGGACAAGGCAAGGGAAGGACGCACCACGGUUGUGGUAGCUCAUCGACUGUCAACAGUCCGAAAUGCAGAUGUGAUUGCUGUGUUUGAAGGUGGAGUUAUCACAGAGCUGGGCAAUCAUGCUGAACUGCUUGAGAGAAAGGGAAUCUACUACAAACUUGUUAACAUGCAGACAAUAGAAGCUGAAGUUCCAUCAUCAGAAAAUUAUGAGAAGGUACUUCCAUCAUCAGAAAAUUAUGAGAAUGUACGCAGUGUCAAAAGCACUGAAUCUGAACCAGACUCUGAGGAAUCCUUAACUAGGGGGUUGAGAAGACAAUCAACUCGGAGAAGCAUGAAAAAGCCAGGAGAGCAAAAUGAUAGUCCUGAUGAAGAAAAAACUUCACCUGCUGAAGAAUUACCUCCAGCUUCAUUUCUGAAAAUUAUGAAGUUGAACAAAACUGAAUGGCCAUACUUUGUAGCUGGAACCUUGUGUGCAAUUAUCAAUGGAGCUUUACAACCUGCAUUUUCAGUCAUAUUUUCUGAAAUUAUUGGGAUUUUUUCAGAGACUGACAAGACCUUCUUAAGAAAACAGAGCAACUUAUAUUCACUGCUGUUUUUAGUACUUGGGAUCAUUUCUUUUUUUACUUUCUUUUUCCAGGGUUUUGCAUUUGGCAAAGCUGGAGAAAUUCUGACAAUGAGGCUUCGGUUCAUGGCAUUUAAAGCAAUGCUUAGACAGGAUAUGGCCUGGUUUGAUAAUCCUAAAAAUAGCACUGGAGCAUUAACUACAAGACUUGCUAAUGAUGCCUCUCAAGUGAAAGGAGCAACUGGUGUCAGACUAGCAUUAAUUGCCCAAAACAUAGCCAACCUGGGGACUGGAAUUGUUAUAUCAUUAGUUUAUGGCUGGCAGCUGACCCUGCUGCUUUUAGCUGUUGUGCCCAUCAUUGCAGUGGCAGGAAUGAUUGAAAUGAAGAUGUUGGCUGGGCACGCUAAGAAAGAUAAACGAGAGCUGGAAGCUGCAGGAAAGAUUGCCACAGAAGCAAUAGAAAAUAUUAGAACUGUUGUUAGCUUGACCCAAGAAAGAAAAUUUGAGUUGAUGUAUGGAGAACAUCUGAUUGUGCCAUACAGAAAUUCUGUGAAGAAGGCACAUAUAUUUGGCUUUUGUUUUGCCCUUUCACAAGCAAUGAUGUUCUUUACCUAUGCUGGCUGUUUCCGGUUUGGUGCCUACCUAGUGGUAAAUGAUCUCAUGAAGUUUAAAAAUGUAUUUUUAGUGUUUUCAGCUGUUGUAUUUGGUGCAAUGGCACUAGGACAAACCAGUUCUUUUGCUCCAGACUAUGCCAAAGCCAAGAUAUCAGCAGCCCACUUGUUUCAGCUGUUUGAAAGAGUGCCCUCAAUAGACAGUUACAGUGAGGAAGGAGACAAGCCUGAAACAUUUCAGGGGAACAUAACAAUCAAAGAUGUGGUAUUUAACUACCCAAACCGACCAGAGGUCAAAAUCCUUCAAGGGUUGAAUCUAAAAGUAGAAAAGGGACAAACUCUGGCUCUUGUUGGCAGCAGUGGCUGUGGAAAGAGCACUGUUGUUCAGCUGCUGGAGAGAUUUUAUGACCCGCUCGAUGGAGAAAUGUUUUUUGAUGGCAAAACUGCAAAGGCACUGAAUAUCCAGUGGCUGAGAGCUCAGAUUGGUAUUGUCUCACAAGAACCAAUCCUGUUUGACUUCACUAUAGCUGAAAACAUUGCCUACGGAGAUAACAGCCGGCAGGUGUCCUUCGAGGAAAUUGUUAGUGCAGCAAAACAAGCCAAUAUCCAUUCCUUCAUUGACUCACUGCCAGAUAAAUACAAUACCCGUGUAGGGGACAAGGGGACGCAGCUUUCUGGUGGCCAGAAGCAGCGGAUCGCUAUUGCCCGGGCUCUCGUACGCAGGCCCCAGAUUCUGCUUCUGGAUGAAGCUACUUCUGCCUUAGACACAGAAAGUGAAAAGAUUGUCCAGGAGGCGCUGGAUAAAGCUCGGGAAGGUCGCACGUGCAUCGUGAUAGCUCACCGCCUCUCCACCAUCCAGAACGCCGACAAGAUCGCCGUGCUCCAGAAUGGCAGGGUCACAGAGCAGGGCACCCACCAGCAGCUUCUGGCUGAAAAAGGUGUCUACUAUUCCCUGGUCAAUGUUCAAAGUGGGUAAUGCAACAUCUCAACUCAAGGCAGCAUUUAUCUCUCAAUUGUCACUGUGGCUACUUUUGUCAUUGUAAUUAUUUCAGUAUCAACAAUCAGUCUUGAUACUUUUGGUAUUCUUCAUUCCUUUCAUACACUAUACAAACCCAAGAAAUACUAAGUAAAUGUGUACCAUUUUCUCCCUACUAGUUUUCAUUAUUCAAACCUCUUUUUUUGUGGCCAAAGCAGAUGCUCAUGGCACUCAUGAAAGUAGAAGCAUGCUAAGCCAAAUGUAAUUAUUAUUAGCUGGCUUUGAACUCUUUCAAAAAUAACACUAAUUAGGUAUGAGCAACUUGGAAAUAUUUUCAUGCUCAUUAAAAACAGUUUUGCUCUUGUCAGAAAUAAACCUCAGGCCUUAUCCUCGCUGUGCCUGUGUAAGACAGUCAGUCCUGGCCUAUUAGGCUUGUUACCAUACGUUAUGAGAACUUGCAGGUCAGCUAAAGCUUGAUGCCAGGUGUCUCCUGUUAUGAUGUGGAGUUUUAGUAAAGGCCUUGAAAAUAUGGGCACAGGCUGAAAACAAAGGUCCCAGAACUGUAAGUACCUUACUGAUGGUUAGUUACUGAUCAACUGAUCAGUUAGUUGCAACCUUAAGAGAUGGAAAAAGACUGCUUGAAAUGAAACAGAAAUUAAACAAUAAGGAAAAAACCCAAGACCAUAACUGAUGGACAAGACAAGGCAUCUUCUGCGGCCUGCGAAAGUACUCUCUGCAAGUCUCUCAAAGGCCUCGGAGUAAGAGGUCAAGGACUAAGAGCUCUCUAAAGGGUGCAGUAUUUUAUGCAAGGUGAAAAUCCUGGAUUUGGACUUGGAGGAGGGGGAAGGAAAGCAUCCUUUUCAGUGUUGACAUCCUUGGCUGAAGAGCUCUUGAACCUGAGCACUGCCAUGACUGAGAUUCUCAAGGACUGUAACCAUCGGUGCUGAAUUCCUGCCAUGGGCUCUGGGAUAUUGUAUAUUAUUUGCAAAUAUAUGAUGGCUGUUAAGGGAUAACUGCUUUGAACGUGGAGUAAUAUUGACUAAUAACUACUAAUGACUAAAAAGUAGAAAUGUAUUUUGUUAGUAUUUAUGCAGUAAAGUUUUAUUAUUAAGUUUAAAA